UGCUGGCUUCUACUCCCAUACUUCAUGUUAGCUUCUUCUUCUUCUUCCUCUUUCUGCAACCACCAUGACACCUCUGCCUUACUACUUUUCAAAAACUCACUCAACACUCCUUUCAAACUAGAAACCUUGAAAAAGCACACAGAUUGUUCUGAGUGGGAUGGGGUCACGUGCGACACCAUCUCAGGCCAUGUCAUCGGUCUUGACCUUAGCUUCUGUAAUCUUCAAGGUCAGCUCCAUCCCAACUGCACCAUAUUCAGCCUAAGCCACCUUCAACGACUCAACCUAGCCAAAAAUGAAUUUUUUGGUGACAUUCCCUCCAUAAUCUCUUGCUUGUCCAAAUUACUAUUCCUUGAUCUUAGUAGCAACUACGACUCCAGGAGAAUGAGAGUUGAUCCAUACACAUGGAACAAACUCAUUCAAAACGCAACUAAUUUAAGAGAGCUUUAUUUAGAUGACGUGGACAUGUCUUCAAUCGGAGUCAGCUCUUUGUCAUUGCUAACCAAUCUAUCUUCCUCUCUCAUCUCUCUUAGUCUUGUAUCCACCGAAUUGCAAGGGAAUCUAUGGAGUCACAUCCUCUCUUUACCCAAUCUUCAAAUGCUAGAUUUGAGUUUUAAUAAAGACCUUGGAGGUGAACUUCCAAAGUCCAACUGGAGUACUCCACUAAGCAACUUGGCUCUCUCUCAUACUGCUUUCUCGGGAAACAUUCCAGAUUCCAUUGGCCAUUUGAAAUCUCUUAACACACUAUAUCUAUGGGGUUGCAAUUUUGAUGGACUGGUUCCCACAUCAUUGUUUAAUCUCACUCAACUCUCAGAGUUGGAUCUUAGCAACAACCUCCUCACGGGGUCAAUUGGUGAAUUCUCAUCUUAUUCUUUGGAAUACUUGUCAAUCUCUAAUAACAAACUGCAAGGUAAUUUUCCCAAUUCAAUAUUUGAACUCCAAAAUCUUACUGGUUUGAGUUUGUCAUCAACUGACUUGAGUGGUCAUCUGGACUUUCAUCAAUUUUCAAAAUUCAAAAAUCUAUUUUACCUCGAUCUUUCUCACAAUAAUUUUCUCUCUAUUAACUUUGAUAGUACCGCUGACUACAUCUUACCCAACCUUCAAUCCUUAUAUUUAUCUUCCUGUAAUAUUAAUAGUUUCCCUAAAUUCUUAGCACCACUUGAAUUAUUGUCGAAUCUAGAUCUUUCUCAUAACAACAUUCGUGGAAGCAUUCCCCAGUCGUUUCAUGAGAAGCUCUUACACUCCUGGAAUUAUACAAUUGCUCAUAUUGAUCUCAGUUUCAACAAGUUGCAAGGAGAUCUCCCAAUUCCACCCAAUGGAAUUGAAUACUUUUUAGUCUCAAAUGAUGAGCUGACCGGGAACAUUCCUUCAGCAAUGUGCAAUGCAAGCACCCUCAAUAUACUCAACUUGGCUCAUAACAACUUGACCGGCCAAAUUCCACAAUGUCUGUCAACAUUUCCUUAUCUUUCAGCAUUGGAUUUGCAAAUGAACAACCUUUAUGGAAACAUACCUUGGAACUUUUCUAAGGGAAAUGCAUUUGAGACUAUAAAGUUGAAUGGCAACCAAUUCGAUGGACCAUUACCACGGUCUUUGGCCCACUGCACAAAUUUGGAAGUUUUGGACCUGACAGGCAAUAACAUAGAGGAUACAUUUCCCCAUUGGCUAGAAAGCCUCCAGGAGUUACAGGUAUUCAGUUUGCGAUCAAAUAAGUUUCAUGGUGUCAUCACAUCUUUCGGUGCCAAGUAUCCAUUUCCCAGGCUGAGAAUUUUUUAUGUCUCAAAUAACAAUUUUAGUGGGCCCUUGCCAGCUUCAUACAUCAAGAACUUUCAAGGAAUGGUGAGUGUGAAUGACAACCAAACUGGUUUGAAAUAUAUGGGUAACCAAAAUUUAUAUAAUGAUUCAGUAGUGGUUGUAAUGAAAGGUAGAUACAUGGAGCUCGAGAGGAUAUUAAGUAUUUUUACAACUAUUGAUUUAUCAAAUAAUAUGUUUGAAGGAGAACUUCCAAAAGUCAUUGGAGAAUUGCAUUCUCUCAAAGGACUUAACCUUUCGCACAAUGCAAUCACUGGUACCAUUCCAGGAUCCUUUGGUAAUUUAAGAAAUUUGGAAUGGUUGGACCUCUCGUGGAACCAGUUGAAAGGAGAGAUUCCUGUGGCUUUGAUCAAUUUGAAUUUUCUGGCAGUGUUGAACCUUUCACAAAACCACUUUGAGGGAAUCAUACCUACAGGUGGACAAUUUAACACGUUUGAAAAUGAUUCUUAUGCUGGAAAUCAAAUGCUAUGUGGAUUUCCUUUGUCAAAAUCCUGCAAUAAGGAUGAAGAUUGGCCACCAUAUUCAACAUUUCACCAUGAAGAAUCAGGAUUUGGCUGGAAAGCUGUAGCAGUGGGAUAUUCAUGUGGGUUGCUAUUUGGAAUGCUUUUGGGAUAUAAUGUUUUCAUGACUGGGAAACCACAAUGGCUCGCGAGACUUGUUGAAGGUUUGCUUAAUUAAUGAAGAGUGAAAAGGACAAUUCAUAGGG